CUGCGCUCCGCGUUACAUUCUUUUCCCAUAGAUUCCGAACACCGCGUUCUGCGACCACUUCACUCUCCCUUUAAAAAAAAUCACUCUCCUUCUCCUUCCCUCUGCAUUUUCCCAAAUAACCAAUCACAACCACCCUCCUCCAUAUUCUUUAUAUUAUCGUCUUCGUUAUAUUGUAUACUACGUCUCUAUCCCUCUCUCCUCUCCGUGCUGCUGGGAUCUUAGCUUGGUUUAGUUUAUUGAUCAUCAAAUGAGGGGUCAUCCCAGGCAUGAACGCCGAUGGGCCUCGGACUCUGUCCCGGACAAGACGAUAGCCAGCGGUGGCACGUCGCCCGGGACCGAGUCCACCUCCGCGGAGGAGUUCGUCGAGGUUACCCUAGAUUUGCAGGACGACAACACCAUUGUUCUCCGCAGCGUCGAGCCGGCGACGGUGAUAAAUAUCCCCGAAGACGGAGGAGCCGAAGCCACUCCCGCGUCUUCCUCGAGGUCGUCGUCGAUAAGGAGGAGCACGUCCAACAGUAGAAUUCGGCAGUUUUCUCAGGAGUUGAAGGCGGAGGCGGUGGCCAAGGCGAAGCAGUUUUCGCAGGAGUUGAAAGCUGAGUUGAGAAGGUUCUCGUGGAGUCACGGGAAUGGGUCGCGGGUGCUCGCGGCUUCUUCGGCGAUUGCUUCUCAGAAUGGCGGGGGAGGCGCCGGAAGCAGUUAUUAUGACUCGGCUUUGGCGGCGAGAGCUCUGAGAAGGCAGCGGGCUCAGCUCGACCGGACUCGCUCCGGAGCGCAGAAAGCGCUCCGGGGACUGAGGUUUAUUAGUAACUGUAAAAGCAAGAGCAAAGGCUUGGAUGCAUGGAACGAGGUGGAGAGCAACUUCCACAAGCUCGCUAAAGACGGCAACCUCUACCGUGCCGACUUCGCCCAAUGCAUAGGUAUGAGAGAUUCGAAGGAGUUUGCGCUGGAACUGUUCGAUGCUCUCGGCCGGAGACGAAGACUGAAGGUGGAGAAAAUCAGCAAGGACGAGCUUUACGAGUUUUGGUCGCAAAUUUCCGAUCAGAGUUUCGAUUCAAGGCUUCAGAUCUUCUUCGACAUGGUGGACAAAAAUGAAGAUGGAAGAAUUACCGAAGAAGAAGUGAAAGAGAUCAUCAUGCUGAGUGCUUCUGCCAACAAGUUAUCAAGAUUAAAGGAACAGGCAGAGGAAUAUGCAGCUUUGAUUAUGGAAGAGUUGGAUCCUGAAAGACUUGGCUACAUUGAGCUAUGGCAACUGGAAACCCUUUUGCUCCAAAAGGACACGUACCUAAACUACAGUCAAGCACUGAGCUACACGAGCCAAGCUCUUAGCCAGAACCUCCAAGGCCUCCGAAGGCGAAGUCCAAUUCACAAAAUCAGCAGCACAUUCCUCUACUUCUUGCAAGAAAACUGGAAGAGAAUCUGGGUUUUGACACUCUGGUUUUGCAUAAUGAUCGGACUCUUUACGUGGAAGUUCUUUCAGUACAGGCAGAGAAAGUCGUUUCAUAUAAUGGGGUACUGUCUUCUCACGGCCAAGGGCGCGGCGGAGACGUUGAAGUUCAACAUGGCUCUGGUGCUGUUUCCGGUGUGUAGAAACACCAUCACUUGGCUUAGGAACACCAGGCUCGGUUUCGUUGUGCCCUUCGAUGACAAUAUCAACUUCCACAAGAGCAUUGCUGCAGCCAUUGUAAUUGGUAUCAUUCUCCAUGCUGGGAACCAUCUUGCUUGUGAUUUUCCGAGGCUUAUAAGGGUGUCUGAAUCAGUCUAUGAGGAGUAUUUUCAUGAGGACUUUGGAAAGCAUAAACCAACAUAUAUGGAUUUGGUUAAAGGGGCUGAGGGAGUGACUGGAAUUUUAAUGCUGGUAUGCAUGGCAAUUGCCUUCACACUCGCUACGAAAUGGUUCAGGCGGAGCCUCAUUAAGCUUCCAAAGCCCUUCAGUAGGCUCACUGGUUACAAUGCCUUCUGGUAUUCACAUCACUUAUUUGUCAUUGUCUAUGCCUUGCUCAUAAUCCAUGGAAUCUUCCUCUAUCUUGUGCACAAAUGGUACCUUAAGACGACUUGGAUGUAUCUUUCUGUUCCAGUUUUAGUAUAUGCUGGUGAAAGAAUCCUGAGAGUCUUCCGGUCUGGCUUUUCUACUGUCCGUCUUCUGAAGGUUGCCAUUUAUCCGGGAAAUGUUCUCACAUUGCAAAUGUCUAAGCCACCCCAGUUUAAAUACAAAAGUGGACAGUACAUGUUUGUCCAAUGCCCAGCUGUUUCACCUUUUGAGUGGCAUCCGUUUUCAAUAACAUCUGCUCCCGGUGAUGAUUACCUUAGCGUGCACAUCCGUCAGCUUGGUGACUGGACACAAGAGCUUAAGAGGGUUUUCUCUGAAGCCUGUGAGCCUCCAUUAGCUGGGAAGAGUGGUCUAUUAAGGGCUGAUGAAACCACCAAGAAAAGUUUGCCCAAGCUUUUGAUAGAUGGACCAUAUGGUGCCCCGGCACAAGACUACAAGAAAUAUGAUGUCCUGCUGCUUGUUGGACUGGGGAUAGGGGCAACACCUUUCAUUAGUAUUUUGAAAGAUUUGCUCAACAAUAUUGUCAAAAUGGAGGAACAGGCAGAUUCUGCCUCAGAUUACAGUAGAAAUUCAGACAUAAGUUCAGGAAGUACAGAUUCUCCCAACAAACUUAAUCCAAAACGAAAAAAGACUCUAAAGACCACCAAUGCUUACUUCUAUUGGGUAACUAGGGAACAAGGCUCAUUUGAUUGGUUCAAAGGCGUGAUGAAUGAAGUUGCGGAUCUUGAUCAUAGGGGUGUCAUUGAGAUGCACAACUACUUGACUAGUGUGUAUGAAGAAGGCGAUGCGCGAUCAACUCUGAUCACCAUGGUACAAGCUCUCAACCAUGCUAAGAAUGGGGUUGACAUUGUGUCGGGCACUAGGGUUCGUACUCAUUUUGCAAGGCCUAACUGGAAGAAAGUUUUCUCAAAGUUUUUGUCCAAGCAUUAUGGUGCAAGGAUAGGGGUCUUUUAUUGUGGAGCACCAGUUUUGGCCAAAGAACUCAGCAAGCUUUGCUAUGAGUUCAAUCAGAAAGGUCCAACCAAAUUUGAAUUUCACAAGGAGCACUUUUGAAAGAUUCUUGGAAUGCAUAUACAAGUACAGUAUGCCUCAAGCCUCUCGAUUCAACUCCAUUACUUGCAGAGUAAUUUUUUUUUGUUGCAAUUAUCAUAGGUCAAUAAAAUGAAGAGGAAUUCUGUACAGUCUUGGGUAGAAAAAGAGAACAAAAGAAAAUGAUGUACACAGAGAUAUUAGUAUUUAGUCAUAUAUAUGUAAAUCAUAGCAAGCAAGCACAACCAGAAGAAAUGUUCUGGUUAGUGAGAUUCAUGAUUAAUUAGGAGUCUCAAUGAUGCAAUACUGUGCUGGUGGCCUAAGAUUGGAUCAUAGGUGAGGUGUAGCAAGUGACCUAAACUGUCAUUGUUGAAGAAGGUACCAGCUUAGAGUGUGGUACAGCUAGAAUGGAGAAGUUGACCCUAAAUUGGUAAAGGGUUUUGAAUGGGGUGAGUGGUAGACACCCAUAGGUGGGUAGAAGAAAACAGUUUGGAAAAGGAGAUAAACUGAGGAAGGUUCUGUGGACUCAUGAAAUGAGGUGAGGUGGGAGUGAGAUGGCUCUGUCUGUUUGAGGAAACUCUUUCUCUUUAUCUUUCUGAAGUGGGAUCAGAGAAUCCUUCUAGAAUGUUGAGUCUGGUGAUGCAGAAUUGCAGAUGACCACAUGGAAUGCAACUAUUUUAAUAGGCUACUUUACAAUAAUAGAGUUUUGGCUGUAAAUGAGGAUCAUACUUCUAUUUUAUUAUUUUCUCA